CCCGUUAAAAGCAUCCGUCAGUUCCUAUACCUGUAAUUCGAAGUUUAGUUUCUGUACGAGUAGCAAGUUCUAAUAACUUUUGAACAUGAAUUGGUUGCUGAUAUUUGCUGUUGUAAUUUCCGCGUUACUGCAUUGCGAAGCUAAAACCUUCACGAGAUGCGGUCUGGUUCAAGAGUUGAGAAGGAAGAAUUUCCCAGAGAGCGUCAUGAGAAAUUGGGUUUGCCUGAUAGAGCACGAGAGCGGACGUCGCACAGACAUUAUCGGGCCUCCCAACAGAGACGGCUCCCGCGACCACGGCUUGUUCCAGAUCAACGAUCACCUCUGGUGCAAUGAUUCCAAUGUCCCGGGCAAGGACUGUCACGCCACUUGUGCAGAGCUGAGGACUGACGACAUCACAAAAGCCUGCAGCUGCGCUAUGAUCAUCUUCAGACGCCAAGGGUUCUACGCAUGGUACGGAUGGAUCGACCACUGCAAGGGAAAACCGCUGCCAGACAUCAGUAACUGUUAGAAACGGAAACAUACCGGCCGAACUGAGAAACUUCUCCUUUUUGAAGUCGGUUAAAAAUACUUUACAUCGACGUUGAAGGACGGUUCCUCGGUUAAUUUUAAGAAUUCAAUUAGGUAGAGAAGACUGUCUACAAAUACUUUAGUUUUCAAAGAAUUUGUAAAAUUUUAUUAUUAAAAUGUUUUUUUACAUUA